AUGAAGCAAAACUACUUAUGGCAAAUGGAAGUGGUAGACGGAGUCGUAGAUGGAAUGGUGGUAAGAACUGUUGUUGGUCUGAAGGUUCGAUGGGUAACGGAUGAAGUAGGUUUAAAGGAAAAUGGUUCCGGUGUUGAAAGCGAGACGAAAGCUGGAACUGAUGAAAACUUCACGCCAUUGCUACGAGAUGGCGAUUGA